AAGAAGAGCAAAGAGGACUCUGCAAAACCUGUGUUCUUGACGAAAGAGCAGCGGCAGAAAUUAGCAUUGGAAAGACUUGAACAAGAGAGAGAAGAGCAUAAGAAGAAGGCUGAAGAAGCCAUGCUUCAAAGGCAGAAGAUGAUGGAGCAGCUGCGCCGUGACAGAGACAGAGACGGCAGAGAAAGAGAGAGAGAGAGGGAGAGGGAGCGGGAGCGGGAGAAGGCAAAGGCAGAAAACAAAGAUGAUAAAGACGCCGAGAAUGCAGAAACUCUGAUCUCGCAGAAGGAGCUUGAACAAGUUCAGAAGAGAUAUCUAGGAGGAGCAAAGGUCAAGAAGAAGGUCGUGAAGGUGACGGACAAAUUCCGUUUCGCCUUCGACUGGGAGGCAACGGAAGACACUUCAGCUGACGUGAACCCUCUCUACAACAAGAAGCACGAGGCGCAGCUUUUGUUCGGACGCGGUUUGCGCGCUGGUAUUGACAUGCGUGAGCAAAAGAAGAAUUCGACAUACGUUGAGAACCUCGAGGCGGUGCGAGCCAAGAUCGCAGAGGAAGAUGUCGAUGCUGAGCAAGCAGAGGAGUACAGAAAGCAUCAAGAGGAGAUGAAGAUGAAGAUGAAGGAAGCGUACGCGUCUCGUGCCAAGGCGAGCCUGGACAGGAACAUGGCGCUGCCAGGAAAGCAUUGGAUGGACAAGAAGCUAACGGACAUGACGGAGAGAGACUGGAGAAUCUUCCGCGAAGACUUUCAGAUCGCAACUCGAGGAGGUAAACCUUGCAACCCCAUCCGCAACUGGGAGGAGAGUGGACUACCGCCUGAGAUCCUCGAGGCGAUCAAGGAGAAGAAGUACAAGAUUCCUUCUCCCAUCCAAAUGCAGUGCAUCCCUCUCGGCCUCCUCAACAGGGACGUGGUCGGCAUCGCUCAGACAGGCUCCGGUAAGACUGCCGCCUUCGUGCUUCCCAUGCUCGUCUACAUCUCCAAGCAGCCGCCCAUCACUCAAGACACGGCGCCUGAAGGGCCUCUCGCGCUCAUCCUCGCUCCCACCCGCGAGCUGGCGAACCAGAUCUACGACGAGGCCAUCACGUUCUGCAAGUUCAUGAACAUCCGCUGCUUCCCGCUGGUGGGCGGAGGAGGCGUCAAGAGUAUCGAGGAGCAGGGCUUCACCGUCAGGCAGGGAGUAGAGAUCCUCGUCGCUACUCCUGGACGUCUCAUCGACUGCUUGGAGAGACGCCUGGUAGUGCUCAACCAGUGCAACUAUGUCGUGCUUGAUGAGGCCGAUCGCAUGAUCGACAUGGGCUUCGAGCCCCAGGUGCAGGCGAUCCUCGACGCCAUGCCAAGCUCCAACCUCAAGCCCGAGGACGACGCUGCGGAGGAAGGAAACCAAGAGUUCAGGUACAGGCAGACGUUCAUGUUCUCUGCUACCAUGCCGCCCGCCAUUGAGCGCAUCACGAGGAAGUACCUGAGGAGGCCGGCGUUUGUGACGGUAGGAGAAGCCGGUCAGACGGCUUCUACAGUCGAGCAGCACUUCAUCUUCUGCUCGGAGAACCAGAAGAACGCUCGCCUCCUCGACCUCCUCGCGCGAGGAAAGCCUCCCAUUAUGGUGUUUGUGAACGCGCGCAAGAACUGCGAUGUGCUUCACAAGGAGCUGAGCUCCAGGGGCCAUCGAGUGACUCUGCUGCACGGUGGCAAGUCGCAGGAGGGACGCGAGGAGGCGCUGGACUCGUUCAAGAGCGGCCACUACGACAUCAUGGUCUGUACGGACGUUGCUGGACGCGGCAUCGACAUCUCAGGGGUGGAGCAUGUGGUGAAUUUCGACUGUCCCAAGAACAUCGAGGACUACACGCAUCGCAUCGGAAGGACAGGACGAGCAGGCAAAUCGGGAGUGGCGACGACGAUCCUGACCCCGGAAGACACGCACAUCUACUACGACCUCAAGGAGAAGCUUCAGGAAAGCAACCAGAACGUACCACGAGAGAUCUUGUCGCAUCCUGCCGCUCAGCAGAAACCAGGAGCCGUUCCUCAGAAGCCGCGUCAGCAAGUUCAGUACGUGGAUGUGGAAGCUGGGCGGAGAGGAGGACCGCGGAAUUGAGGAGGAGGAGGAGGAGUAGGAGCAGGAGUGUUGUGUUGCCUUGGCGUAAAGGAAGGUGUGCACU